AUGGUUAAGUUGUACGGUUUCGCCUAUUCCACAUGCACGCGCCUUGUCGCUCUCGUCUGCAAGGAGAAGGAAAUCCCAUAUGAGUUGACCAACAUCAACUUGGCCAAAGGUGAACAGAAGGACCCGUCUUUUGUGGCAGUUCAGCCAUUCGGACAGGUCCCAUACAUCGAUGACGACGGGUUCCUGCUAUACGAGUCCCGCGCGAUCGCAAGAUACCUCAUCAAGAAAUACCCUAACCAGGGCACUCCCUUGAUUCCCAGCGACCCCAAGGCUGAGGCCCUGUUUGAACAAGCAGCUUCGAUCGAGACGUUCAACUUCAGCGCCUUUGUCUCGUUAAUUGUCGCUGAAAAAGUGUUCAAGCCGCGCCGUGGUUUGCAACCAAAUGAGGAGCGUAAGUACCUUGCUGGUGACUCUGUCACGCUCGCUGAUUUGGCGCACUUGCCAUAUGGCACUGCGUUUUACGGAGCUGGCUUUGCUGAAGUGUUUGACAGCAGACCUAACGUUGCGAGGUGGUGGAAGGACAUCUCUAACAGGCCUGCUUGGCUCGCCGUCAAGGAUGGUGCGUGA